AAAAAAAAAAAAACGAUCCGAACCGCAUUCAAAUACGGAAAAAAUCCGACCGUUGGAGAGUUCAUCAUUUUGAACUAAUCCCUUCUCCAGAUUCUUCCUAAGAAUUCAACAAAGAAAACUGUUCACACUCUUGUUCAUGAUCUUCUUCACCGAUCAGAAUCUGAUCUGAAAAUGGUACCAGAAGGAUCGACAGCAAGCGCUUCAGAACCAGAACGACGAACGAUUGAAUCGAAACCACCCGGAAUUGGAAAUGAUGUAGAGAGUUUUCUUAGCCCUAGAUUCAAAUCGGCGGCCGCCAUGGCCGGCUGGGACGAAGAGACACUUCUCAUCGCGAGCCUCGUCGUCGAUGACACGCCGGAAAGAGAGCUUCAGCAGAAGAAACGGUCUGUUCUCCAGCGCAAGAGUCCUGCAUCUGGUUUGAGAAGGAAACGGAGGACUUUGACGAGCAUAAUUUCGGUUCCGGUGACUGUUCUUGACCUCGAUGAAGAAGAACCGACUGUGAAAGAUGAUGCUCCAAAACAAGAUCCAGAAACUGCAGAAGCUGAACCAAAGAAAAGUGAUUCAAUGGUUGAACAGAAAGUUGAUGCUUCUUCUUUAUCAUGUUCAACUCUCCCAUGUAUGGAUAAGCUUAGAGAAGAGCUGUCUUGUGCUAUUUGUUUGGAAAUUUGCUUUGAACCUAGUACCACACCUUGUGGACACAGUUUCUGCAAGAAAUGUCUAAGAUCUGCAGCUGACAAAUGUGGAAAAAGGUGCCCUAAAUGCAGACAGCUAAUGAGCAAUGGGAGAUCUUGCACUGUUAAUACAGUUCUUUGGAACACAAUACAACUUCUUUUUCCCCAGGAGGUUGAAGCAAGAAAGAAAGCAAAAGAGUGUAAUAGCCAUGAAAAGAAGAUUGAAGACCCAGAAAAGGCAUUCUAUAGUAGUCUGCAGAACUAUAAUACAAGAGCAAUCGGCACGGCAAGUAGGCAUGUUGUUAGUAGUAGUAGUUCAAGAAGAAGAGGGGAAAUAACAGUUCGAGAGGAGUAUGGCGAACGGGACAGCAGGAUGAUGCUGCGAGCUGCGUCUUUAAAUGCUGAAAGCAGAGUCCAGUCCAGAAUGCUCCGUCGAAGUAUUCGACCGAUUAGGAUGGCAACGCGAGAUGCAGAUGCAAGAAGUAGUAGAAGAGGUACGCCAGACCAAGAUCGGGAUGCUGCUUUGGCACUGAGGUUACAAAGGGAAGAGUUUUUGGAGGCUUUUAGAGACACUACUCAAGUGCAAACCAGAAGCUCAACGUCCUUGACUAGAGCUAAUCUCAGAGCAAUUGCUUCUAGGGCAGCCAUUAACCUUCGCAUUAGUGGCCACCAGAAUUUGUAAUCUUCUACCAUUUUCUCUCUUUUUAUUGAC